UACAUCUUGGUGCUAUAUAUUCCGGUAACAUGGAUAUUUGGUGAACUUGGAAUACUACCCUAUCUGUAUUUUUUUGGAAAAUGGAUUCGCGUGCCGGCUGACGCUCUUCGUUUUGGAUAAGCCUUCUCAAAGUGGCAAGAAGCAUGACGCAGUCGCAGCCGCGACGGAGUGGUUCAUUGGUUGAUUAUUUAUCUGUGAUAUGGCUGGUGGUGGUUGUGCAUACGGAUGCGGCCAAAGGGCAAAGUCACCAUCAAGGGACUACUGCACUGCCUUCCGGUUCCAUUAACACCAUACCAAAAUUUGAUCCCAACGCCAAUAUGGACAAUCUGCAGAUCAGCGAAGAUACACCAGUUGGAAGUAUUAUUUACACACUGCGAGGCAUUGAUCCUGAUCCGAACGCCACAUUGACAUUCGGCGUAAGCGGCGAGGGAUCGGAUGUUGUGCAGAUAAUCAACAGCCAACAGCCGGGCUCCCACGAGGCGAAGGUCCGUCUAAUCCGUAAACUCGACCGUGAGGCCCAUACGUCGCAUCUCAUACGGCUGACCUUAACCGACGGGAUUAUCAGUAAACCCAUAAUCCACGAUUCGACGCUCUAUGUCGGCGAUGAGAACGAUGAGACGCCUCAAUUUGUCGAUUAUAACACCACCUACUACGUGGCCGAAAACGCCCCACCCGGCACCGUCAUCGGGACCCUGUCGGCGCGCGACAAAGACCAGGGCAUCUACGGGAUGAUCCGCUUCGACGAACUGGACAACGCUAAGACCUUUAAAGUGGAGACACUGAACGCCAACACCGGCACCGGCCGCAUCAUUCUCACCGGCCCGCUGGACUACGAGACACAACCCAUGUACCAGCUGCGCAUCAUCGCCAUGGACGGGACACCGGCGCUGCAGCGCGUCAACACCGCCACCCUGGGGGUGGUAGUGCAGGUGCUGGACACCCAGGAUACGCCCCCGCACUUUAUCAUCUACCCGAGUGUGCAGUAUGUCCCGGAGAAUGUCGCGAUUGGGAAGGAGGUGUUCAAUGUACUGGCGCAGGACGGUGAUCGUGGUGUCCCGAAACCCAUACAGUAUUCCCUGCAGCCGGUCAAUUCACCCUUUGCCAUCGAUCCACAGACUGGUGUGGUGUACGUAUCGCAGCCGUUGGAUCGCGAGGCACACACCAACGGUGGAACCAUGGUGUUGACGAUUGUGGCCACGGAGCUGCCGGUCACGCCGGGAAUGUCGGCAUCGGUGCAAGUCAGUAUCAUUAUCGAGGAUGUUAACGACCAUCCUCCGCAAUUUUAUAACGGCAUCCACCCAACCGACACAUAUUCGGCAUCCAUCCCUGAAAAUGCUGCCGUCGGCGCCUUAGUUAACAUGGAACCGGGUAUUACGCCACGCGUCUUCGACCCGGACCAGGGCAUUAACGGCUCGUUCGCCCUGACCAUCACCGGCGAAGGCGCUCCCGCCUUCGACAUCACCCCGGCUGCCGUCAUCAACGAAGCGCUCUUCAUGAUCCGCGUUAAGAACACCUCGUAUCUCGACUUCGAAACGACCAAACAGUUCCACUUCACCAUCGUCGCACGGGAGACCGCCACCCCGGAGAAGUACUCCAGCACCGCCAGCGUCACCAUCACCGUCCUGGACGUCAACGACCACAUCCCGGUAUUCCGACCGGACUACUAUGAAGUGCACAUGAAGGAAAACGCCCACACGGGAACUUUGGUUAUCCGCGUUCAAGCGUACGACUUUGACUCCGGCGAACAGGGAGUGGUGUCCUACAGCAAUCUCCAGGGGAAAUACGCUGAUCACUUCUCACUGGACGCCAAUUCCGGGGAAAUUCGAGUGGCAUCCAAUGGCGAGAUCUUCGACCGGGAGGUCACACCGGAGAUUUUCUUGACUGUCGAAGCCCGCGACAGUAUUGGGAAAGGUCACCGAGCAACAGCCCAAAUCCGCAUCAUCCUGGAUGAUAUUAACGACAAACGCCCGGUAUUUGAUCAGGAUAUCUACGAAGCCACCUUAAUCGAGAACCAGAUGACCUUUUUACGACCGUUAGUCGUCCACGCUACGGAUCGGGAUGACACGAAAACUGGCAAUGCCAAAGUGACGUACGCGAUCGCUCGUUCCAAAUAUGCGGAUCAUUUUGUCAUUGCAAUCACCGGUGAAGUGUCAGUGGCUAAACCUCUCAAUUACGAGGAUGUGGUGCACGUCUUCAACGAAUCUUCCGGGGUCCUCGAUAUUCAGAUUGUGGCAUUUGACGCCGGGGAGCCGCCCCUAUCGGCCAGUUGUCUGGCGCGCAUCUUUGUGCAAGACGAGAAUGACCACGCCCCGCACUUUCUGCAGAACCACUAUACCGGCAUCGUGUCGGAAAACGCGCCGAUGGGGACGGCCAUCGUAACGGUAUCGGCAUUGGACAGCGAUAAGUCGAAUUUGUACGGCCGGGUGGUGUACCGCAUUGAACGGGGUGCACAGGAUAAGUUUGUCAUUGACGCUCAGACCGGGAUUAUUGCCGUGGCUAGUGGGGCUAAUUUGGAUCGGGAUGUGCAGGCGGCAUACGAAUUGAAGGUGGUUGCACUGGAUGGCGGUUUCGGUGUAGACCAGAAAACCGGAACCACCCAAGUGACCAUCACCGUCACCGAUGUCAACAACAAACCGCCCGUCUUCCCGCCGCACCCCACCGUUGACGUCAACGAGACCGCUCCGGUGGGCUCCACAAUUAUGCGUAUCGAGGCUACGGAUCCCGACCAGAAUGCGCACUUAACAUACAGCUUGGUGGACGUUAGCGAUGCCCUUUCCGAAUCUCUUGUCCCGGUGCGAAAAGAGGAUUUCAACUAUACAAAAUGCUUCGGGAUGCGCGCCGACGGAAUUCUGUAUGUGGCCGCGCCCUUGGACCGAGAGGUGUUUGAAACCGUAAAGGUCACCAUCCGGGCGGAGGAUACGGCGUCGGAGAACGGACUGCAGACAGCGUUAACCACGGUGAAAAUUCGCGUGGUGGAUGUGAAUGAUAAUCCGCCGCAUUUCAUCUUUCCCUUGACAAACUCGGGACAGUAUUAUGAGAAUUCGGUCAUCGAGAAUUUCGUGCCAACAUCACCGAUUUUCCACAUUGUAGCCGCCGAUAAAGAUAAAUCCCGGCAUAUCAAAUAUUCAAUAGAAAACCUGGCCAUGUCAGUGCAAACAUUCUUUAAAAUGAAUCCCGACACCGGAGAAAUCACCUUACUGAAACCGUUGGAUAGGGAACAAUUUGAUUGGAUUAACUUUACGGCUCGCGCCACGGAUUCCGGCAUUCCGCCAUUAUCCAGUAUCGCACCAGUGUAUUUGUACGUCAUCGAUGUCAAUGAUAACAAUCCGAAUUUCACCUUUGCACCAAGCGAUGUGACCGUCCGCGAGGACGUCCAGAUUGGGCAGGAAGUGACGACGGUGCGGGCGGUGGACCCCGACUCCGGUCCAUACGGUCACGUCAGUUACACGCUGGAUCCUUCGACAGCGUUUGGAAAAUUCGUUAUUGAUAAGGACACCGGGACGAUUACGGUGGCGGGCCGGUUGGAUCGGGAAGAGCGCAUCUACGCACUGGUGGUCAAUGCGGUGGACGACUUCCAGAAUGGAUUUAACCGCGCCAGCCGGAAGUCCUCAAAGACAAUUCGGAUAACCGUUGAAGAUGUCAACGAUAAUGCGCCUAUUAUCAACACGGAUGACCUUACUGACUGCAUUCGGUUAAUCGAAACGGACGGUGCCGGUACGCAGUUCUACACUAUCCGGGCAGUUGACCUCGACCAACCGGGGACGCCAAAUUCCGAGAUUCGCUUUAAAGCCAAUGGUGGGAAUGGAUCGAAAAUGUUUGAUGUAUCACACAAUCACGGAGCUCUAAUGACGAUUGUACCCCUAAACAAUAAGUAUGGAAAUUACACUCUGGAUGUGGAGGCGCGGGAUCAGGGCUUUCCGGCUCUCUUCACCAACCGGACAUUCCAUAUCUGUGUCGAGGACUUCAACGACAAUGCACCGGUUUUUGUGCAUCCAGUGGCCAAUGAAUCCGUCGCAGUGUGGGAGAAUGCCACGAUCGGUACGAAGAUUGUUCAGGUCAAAGCGGUUGACAACGACAUUGGCGACAAUGCCGUUGUUCAGUAUUCCUUUUUAACGGACCAGAACUACGACUACCAGACAUUCGAGCUGGACAGAGAUUCUGGAUGGAUCACGCUGAUCCGUCCGCUGGACAGGGAACGACAAAAGCAGUACACGCUCUAUGUCGACGCCCACGAUCUUGGCGUGCCGCAGCGGAACACACUGCAACGGUUUGUCGUGCGGGUUAUCGACAUCAACGACAAUGAGCCGAUUUUCCGAGUGGCAAGACAAGAAUUCCAUGUCGUUGAAAAUUAUCCUCCAGGAAGUAUAAUCGGAAAAGUUGCCGAAGCGUUCGACGAAGACGGCGAUGCCGAACAUACGCAGACUUGCUACUUUAUUGUUGCCGGCAACACCAACAAAACUUUCUCCCUGGACAAACACUCACGUGAUCUCCGGCAGCUGGUGACCUUAGAUCGCGAGCAGACCGCCGCUUAUGAGCUGACUGUUAAGGCAUCCAGCAACUGCAAUUAUUUAGCACCAGGUGCACCAGUUCCUUUAACAACGAAAGAUCACUCGCUAAUGCAGGCGGUGAUUGUUGUGGAUGACGUCAAUGACAAUCCGCCCAAAUUUCCACGGAAGGAGUAUACUGCCGGCGUCACCGUGGAGAGCAAAUAUGGAACCAGAGUCACGAAACUGACGGCGGUUGAUCCCGACGAAGGCGACAACGGAAUCGUGACCUAUUCGAUAGAGGAGCCGAUUAACAUUAACCUCAAUAAAGAUGAGACUUUCCGCGAUCCACCAUUUACCAUCGACAAACAAACCGGAGAAGUUUUUCUUAACGUGAAAUUCAAUCCCGACAUGAAGGGAUACUUUGAUUUCAACGUUUUGGCGGAAGACAGAAGCGGCUUUAACGACACCGCCCGACUGUUUAUUUAUCUUCUACGUGCUGAUCAGCGGGUGCAGUUUACUCUGCUUGGCAAGCCAGAAGAUGUCCGCCUGAUAGAGGACGCAUUAUUAGAGACGCUAUCCAAUAUUACUGGAGCCCGAGCCAAUAUUGAUGACGUAGUGACGCACAUCGACGAAAGCGGCACCGUCAACGAGCGUCUAUCCGACGUCCUCAUGCACUUUGUGGAUCCCAGCGGGAAGAUCAUGGACGUCGACACCAUCAUCGCCCUUAUCGACCAGACCUAUGACCGCUUAGAAACCGCCUUCAAAGCCUUUAAUAUCAUCGAAGUCCAGCGGGCCAUCCCCCGCGAACCCUUGACCAAUGAGACCACCGUCUUGAAAGCACUCCUCAUCGGGAUCACUCUGGGGCUGCUGCUCUUACUGAUCCUCUCCGCGGCCCUUUUCUGCUCGCAACGCACCCGCUACACGCGGAAACUACGGGCAGCCACGGCGCUAGCUUUCAGCUCCAGCGACAGCACCGCCGGUCUCCAUCCGACGGAAGUCCCGGGGACCAAUCUGCACAGCUACGAGGGCUCCAAUCCGGUGUGGAUGAACAGUUAUGUGGAAAAGUGGACCAAGGAGACGGAGUCGGAUGGGAAGAGUGCUUCGUCGGGGUCGGAAGAGAACUCGCUACCGGAGGAACUGGGGAGUGGGUAUGAGGAGCAAGUACGGAAGACGACGUUCUUUGGAGAUGAAGCGCGGGGUGGACUGCAGCCGGUAUCCCCGGAGGGCAGCGGGAAGAGUAUUGUGAAGGAGGUGCAUUUCGGGGAGCUGGUAAAGAGGAGGACGGAUCAGCAGACGUAUAAUAAUAUUUACGAGACGAUUGAGGAUAAAGAGGGGAAGUAUAUCGCUCGGCUGGAGUCGACAGAAUUGUAGUGUGGUAGUCUACAGGCAGUAGUGAACUUUGUAGUCGGUAUGGAGAAAACCGCUUCGUGCUAGUUGUGUUUGGAUCGAGCGAAGUCUGUUGAGGUUUGUAUUACUCUAUUUUUCUCGAAAUCGGAAUCUGUUUGGAUGGUGUACAUACUGUAUGAAUGUCUGUUAUUAAA